AGAGUAGGGAGGAGCAAGAUGGCGGCCAGUGACUUCAGUUUUUCGGAAAAAUCAGCUCAGUGACGAGCCUGCGCCCAACGACACAUUUGAUGUCUAUGGGUGGCGGUAUGCACCUGAAAGUCAAAGGUUGCAAUCUGCCAUUAAACAAAAAGAAGAAGAAGAAGAAGUGUUUCCAUUUGAAAUCUCCGCCUGAGACUUCCUGUGAACUACAAGGUGCUAGCAGCGUUAGCUUCCAGAGAGCGACUAACUGCUGAAUAAAUAUUCAGAACCAUCGUCCAGGAGGAGGAAGAGACCGAGCAUCAGCUCAGACUGCUGGAUAGCAGCUGGAGAACCCGAACCGGGUCAGAACCUCCAGACAUUUCACAGCCUCUUGUUCUCUUGGAAGGUUCUUGCUGAUCAAUAUGCCAGUGGCCAAGAGAGGAACUUCAUUAUUAACCUGAAAGAACCAAACACCAAAGACAUGAAAGAGGAAGAACCAGAACCUCAAGGAAUUAAAGAAGAACAGCUUGGACUGUGUAUCUUUCCAGAUGAAAAGCAACUUGUUAAGCAGGAGACAGAAACCUUUGUAGGGUUUUCUGCUUGUGACAAACUAUUUCAAGUUGAACCUGAACUGCAACAGAUGAACGUGACAAAGGAGGAACCAGAACCUGUACAAAUUAAAGAGGAACAUGGGGAUCUCUGGAGUAAUGAGGAUGAGGAGCAGCUUGUAGUGAAGCAGGAGGCUGGCACCUUUAAGGUGACUCCUCUGGAUUCAAAAAAUUACACGAAUGAACCAGAAGAGAAACCGUUUUCCUGUCCAACUUGUGCAAAAGAACUUUCCCAGAAAAGUAGCCUGAGUAUGCACAUAAGAAGUCAUAUGGAUGAGAAGCCGUUUUCCUGUCCAACAUGUGCAAAAGGGUAUAAUAGUAAAAGUAGCCUGAGUGAACCCAUAAGAACUGAUACAGGUGAGAAACUGUACGCUUGUAAAAUGUGUGAUAAAUCUUUCAUCUACCGUAGUCGUCUGGCUUGUCACAUGAAAACGCACACAGGCGAGAAGCCUUUCUCCUGUCCAACGUGUGCAAAAGGGUUUCCCCAUAAAGGUAGCCUGAGUACCCACAUGAAAACUCAUAUGGGCAACAAGCCAUACGCUUGUGAAAUGUGUGAUAAAACUUUCAUCUACCGCAGUAAACUGGCUAAUCACAUGAGAACCCACACAGGCGAUAAGCCAUUUUCCUGUCCAACAUGUGCAAAAGGGUUUUCCCAGAGAGGUAGCCUGAGUACCCACAUGAGAACCCAUACGGGCGACAAGCCAUACACUUGUGAAAUGUGUGAUAAAUCUUUCACCGUUUGUAGUUCUUUAGCUGAUCACAUGAGAACGCAUACUGGUCACAAGCCUUUUUCCUGUCCAACAUGUGCAAAAGGGUUUUCCCAGAGAGGUAGCCUGAGAACUCACAUGAGAACUCAUAUAGGCAACAAGCCAUACAGUUGUGAAAUGUGUGAUAAAUCUUUCAGCGUUGGUAGUUAUUUAGCUGAUCACAUGAGAAUCCACACAGGUGAGAAGCCUUUUUCCUGUCCAAUUUGUGCAAAAGGGUUUUCCUUUAAAGGUAACCUGAGUAUGCACAUAAGAACUCAUACAGGUGAGAAACUGUACGCUUGUAAAAUGUGUGAUAAAUCUUUCUACGAUGGUAGUCAUUUAGCUGUUCACAUGAGAACGCACACAGGUGAGAAGCCUUUUUCCUGUACAACUUGUGCAAAAGAGUUUUCCCAGAAAAGUAACCUGAUUACGCACAUAAGAACGCAUACAGGUGAGAAACCGUAUGCUUGUGAAAUGUGUGAUAAAUCCUUCAACGAUGGUAGUAAUUUAGCUAAUCACAUGAGAACGCACACAGGGGAGAAGCCUUUUUCCUGUCCAACUUGUGCAAAGGGGUUUUCCCAGAAAGGUAGCCUGAGAAUUCACAUGAGAACUCAUACGGACAAGAAGCCUUACACUUGUGAAAUGUGUAAUAAGUCUUUCAGCGUUGGUAGUAGUCUGGCUCGUCACAUGAGAACCCACUCAGAUCAGUAGCCUUUUUCCUGUCCAACUUGUGCAAAGUGGUUUUCCCAGAAGUGUAGCCUGUAUAAGCACAUAAGAACUCAGGUGAGAAACUAUAUGUUUGUACAAUGUGUGAUGAAUCUUUUAGUGAUUGUGGUAGUCCGACUUAUCACAUGAGAACGCACACAGGUCAGAAGCCUUAGCUUUGUAAACUCUGUGAUACAUCUUUUACUUCCUGUAGUAAUACGAUUAAACACAUGAGAACUCACAGUGAGAAGCUAUAUGCUUCUGAAGCGUGUGCUAAGUCUUUCAGAAACAGUUGUCAUCUGGCUGAUCACAUGCUGACCCACAGGCAAAAAGCCUUUUGCAGUGUGUGUAGAAAAUGCUUCUUCAAGCAAAGCAAUCCAAAUGUCCACAUGUGAAUCCAUAGUGAUGAGAGGCCUCACUCUUCAGAUAUAUAUUAAAACCAAUGAGUUUAAUCAUUAAAUCACAAGUUUACCUCUCUGCUUAAUCAUGGAUUGAUGGUGCCAUCUACUGAGUAAUUGAAUCAUUAUAAUGACUGUUAGAUUUCUAUAUCAGGUUUUAGUAGAUCAUUAAAAUAAUUGGCAAAAACAAGUGCAUGAAGAAAACCCCAGAUCCUGAUCGGUUUUCCUAUCUCUUUUAUGCUUUAGCACUUAAUUUGUGUUGGAGCCCGAGAUAAAAUGUUAUGGUUAUAAGAAAUUGAUGAACACCUUAUAUUUAAUGUUUCAGUCAAACAAAAUAUUAAACAUUUCGGAAUUCAUAUAAAGGAGAACGCUGAAGACCGGCAGAGUGGGUUGGAGAUUGUAACUGUGCGGUCUCUUCCUACUCUCCUCGAGAAUGAAACCAAACUAAUUGUCUUUGUGCCUUUCUUUCCCUGUUUGUAUGAUGUUCUAGGUGCAUAGACCUGACAAUAAGCUAUAGAUCUUGGACAGUGAGGUGAAGGGAAUUCGUAUUUUGUUUGCUUCCUUUUGUAUUCAAUUAGAAUUCCUAUUUAGAGCUUGAUGUGUUCUCAAUUUUUCUCCCUUAAUGUAAAUUAGUUAUGAUCAGAACUUAACUGCAUUGUCUAUGUGGUUUGUGAUUGUACUGUUUAGUAAACCCUCUAUUGUCUUAAUGGUCUGAUCAGCCACACCUGUGUGUGGCACUUUGUCGGGUCGGUUAUGUCUUUUUUAGCAGUUAUUUGGUUUGUUUAGUUCACAGAUUUUGCCUGAGUUAUAUUCUAUUACCUCUUUUAUGAGUUCAUAAAAAGUUCAUACGGAGUGAAUUUUGUUCAAUUAUUAUUGCAAUCAAAGAACAUGUUUUAGAAAUGCAAAUUUAUAAAAAAUGUAAUCCAGAAAUUAAACUCUGAAAUUUUUUUAAUCAAAAAAACA